AGCCGGGAAGGGUGUGGUGCCACCGGAGAAGAAGAAAAAGAAGGGGGGCCCUGAGGAGAAGGACGCCCCCCUCGUCAUUGUCGAAGAGCAUUCCUCCUCCUCUCCCUCAGCAAAUGCUCUUCCUCCCCCCGGGGACCAAGGCAACAACCUGGCGUGGCCCCGGGAUGAUGUGCAAUUCUCCAUCACCAAGGGAACUGCCAUCAUGCAUGGCACCCUCAACCCGAGGGAGUUCCUAAAGGGUGCCACGCCUCCGACUGACAAGUCGGUGCUCUCGAGGGCGAAGGAUGAUGCCCUCAGUGCCAAGGUGCUCCAAGCCUCCGUCACUGCUGCCCUCGGGCUUGGGGAACUGCUCCAGAGGAUGGAGCAAUACCAGCUGCAGAAGUUGCAAGCCGAUGAGGCCCUGGCGGAGUCCCGGCGACAGCUCCAGGAGGUCCGAGAGUCCCUCCGGCGGGAGACGGAGGCGUUCAACUCCAUCCUGGAGAACAACAAAAUAAUCGCCAGGGCUGAGGGCAAGGCCGAUGCUGAGAGGGCUGCAGCGGAAGCCUCCAAGGUUGCUGCGGAGGAAGCCGAGGCUGCGAAGAAGGAGGCUGUUGCUCGGGCAGAGAAUGAUGCCAUCGCCGCCUUUGUCGCUGAGGGGUGGAAGGCCGAAGAGCACAAACAAUGGUUGUCCUCGGUGGUGGAGGCCUCGGUUGAUGAUUGGGUAAAGGACCACGGGGCUUUAUGGUUGGCCCGCAAGGGCAAAGACUACUAUGACGGUGGGGAAUUCUUUACCCAGAAGCUUGUUUACCGACGGCUGGCCAGGCACUUCAAUAUUGAGCCGAAGGAAUUUGAUCCGGCAGCUUACGGCCUUCCCCCUCUGCAGCCAGAUGUAAGAGUCCCUCUUCCUGAGGGCGAAGAAAGGCCGGAUCUUGAAGACUCCGAGCUCAUGCAGGAAGGCGGUGAAGAGGCCGGUGAUGAUGCCACUUCUAAGACUGCCGAGGAGGGGGCUCAAACUGCCGAUACUUAGCUUUACCUUUCUUGUUGUUU